GGGGGGGCCGCAGCGGCCGCAGCAGACGUCGUGUUGUGGUGGUGGUGGCGCUAGUGAGGCGGCGGCGGGCAGCUGCGAGGUGCGCGGGCCGCUGCUGGAGCUGCUGUUGAACCUGGCGCUGGACCCGCGCUGCCACCCGGCGCUGGCGGACCUGCAGGUGGGGCCGCGGCUGGUGCGCUGCGUGGCGGCGGCGGCGGCUGCGCAGCCCCUGCGGCUGGAGCCGACGGCGGCAGCGCCCGCGGGGCAGGGCGCGGCUGUAUUGGUGCCCUGGCGGGCCGCCGCGGCGUUGCGGUUGAUAGCGGCGUUGGCGGCGGACGGGCGGUUCACCGCCCCGCGGCCGGCCAUGCAGAGCGAGCUGGCGGCGGCGGGAGCAGUUGAGGCGGUGGCGGAUGAGGUGCAGCGCGCGGCGGCAGCGCUGUCCACCGUCGGCGCCGCGGUGCAGUACGAGCUCUCCAUGACAGCUCUAUGUGCGCUCAUGACCGGCAACCGUGGAGUGCAGCGGCAGGUGGCGGCGGCGCCGGGGCUGCUGGCGGCGCUGGCGGCGGCGCCGGCGCACCCUGCCGUCAUGCGCAGCAACACACGGCUCCGCGUGACGCUGGCGGCGUGGCGCAUGGUGACGGCACCGCUUGCUGACCCCAUCGCCGUGUCGGACCCCUCCGUGGCGGCGGACCUGCUGAUCGGCUUGGGGCAUGACCCGGGGGUCGCCUUGAGCAGCCCCGGGGUGUCGGGUCCCGUGGAUGACCUGUACGGCCCCGGCGCACUGUACGUCAGCAGCUCUCUGACGGGGGGGCACAGGAGGUCCAUUCUGGAGGCGGCGGUUGACGCGGUGGUUGGUAUGAGAUCAUCCAGGCUCUUGAUAAGCGAGGCUGGUGAGGUGAAUGGGCGGUCCGGCGACGCGGACGUGCGGGAGGGCGGCGAGCGGCCAUCAGCGCAGCAACUUCCCUCCCGUAAGAGCGCGCCGGUGAUGGGGAGGGUUGCAGCCAACACGUCUGAGGCGUCGGGGUCGGAGCCGGAUGCGGCCGCAGCGGCCUCCCCCGGCCGCUCCGCACCGCACCUUUCCGUGUUCGCCUCGCCGCUGCUGGAUGAGGAGCUGGAGGGCGGCGGCGGUGGCAGCCUGGGCAGCCGCCAGACCAGCCGUACCAGCAACUCCCUAGCUGCCGCCCUGCUCCGCCCCACGCCCUCCUCUCAGCUGCAGCUGCAGCAGCAGCCGCCAUGUGCCGUACCGCCGCCACUGCCCGGUGAGCUGGUCGCCGUGGAGGAGCUGGCUGAGGCCAGCAGCGGGAGCUGCGGCGGUAGUGCAAAAAGGGCGGCCGCGAGGGCAGAGGCCGCAGCUGCCUCCACCUCCUCGGAGGCAGCGCCCCGGCAGGAGCGGCACCUACGCGCCCCCCACCACGAUCCCAGCUCCCCGCGCCAACCGGCUGCCGUACGACAACUCCAGGAGCCACCAGGAGCCACUGCUUCGCUGCCGCCCUUCUCCUUCCCCGACCUCUCUCCGUCCAACUCCAAGGAACUCUCCGGCACCGCCCCCGCCACCGCUGCCACCAUAUCCGCCAGCGGUGCUGCACCAACGCCCACCUCGGCUACUGCCCUGGCGGCGGCGGCUGCCGGCAGCGGUGGCGGCGCGCUGGAGAUGGCUGCCCCGCUUCGAAACCUGGUGACGACGCUGCAGGCGCUGCUGCCUCGCCCCGGCUGCCGAGCGGGUGCUGCGCUGGUGCUGGCGCAGCUGGCUCGGCUGGAGGUGGUGCGGGGGAGUGUCCUCAUGGCGGCGGGGUGGGGCAGCCUGAUGGAGGCGGUCACCUCCAGCCUCACGGGCGGGGGAGCAGGGGGUGCAGCGCCGGUGCAGUGGUGCCCGCGGUCCUCGCAGCCGCUCCUCACGCAGCCCUCGCAGCCGCUGGAGCCGCCGCUGCACUCACUUAGCGGCUCCUCAGAAGCAGCCGCAGCGGCCGCCUUCGCCGCCGACCCACGGGACAAGCUCGCUCUGUUGGAGGCGAUGGAGGUGGCGGCUGGCACUGCGGCGGAGGGCCGGGCGGCGCUGACCCAUGGGUCUGUCGUCACCGCACUCGCUGAUCUGGCGUGCGGCCGCGGCGCCCUGGCGGAGAGCCUGUUGCUGCACGAGGGCGGCCCGCUGCACUCUGACCCGCAUCCGUACACCCACUACCACCACCAAGACCGGGAAUCUCACUCGCACUAUCGGAGCCUACAACACCACCUCAGCCGCAACAGUCGCUACGCGCAGCUCGGUCACCACCCGCAGCUGGGCAGCCCCUACGCCAGCCCGCACCACCACUUCAGUCAGCACCCGCUGCACCCGCACCAGCACCAGCACCACCCCCACUACACCCACCACCAGCAGCACUACCAGCACCAGCACCAGCGCUACCUGCCGCGCGCCCGCACCCUGGCCAUGGCCAUCCUGUCGGAGCUCGUGUCCCAGCCGCACGUGGCGGCGCAGCUGCAGCGAGACGGCAUGGGAUCCAUUCUGGCGGACAAUCUGCUAGCAGCGCUGACCGCGGCAGUGGCGGCUGCAGCCGCCCCGCCCGCCUCCUCCGGGCCCUCCGCCGCCCUGAGCGCCCUCGCCUGGGCCAUGGAGGAGCAGCAGCGGCUGCGCAACGCGGCUGCGCGGCUGCUGCGGCAGCUGGCCCAGCACGUGGACUGCGCGCGCGACACGCUGGCGACGCCGCGCAGUGUGGGGCUGCUGACUGCAGCGCUGUCGCAACUCUGGGACGUGCAUGGCCCGGUCCUGGCCCCGCCCUCCGUCGGCCCCGCCAUGCCGCGCCCCACGUCGGCCUCCAUCGGCAACCGCAGCCGCGGCCACUCCUCCCGCAUGCUGGAUCCCAGCGCCUCCUUCCUCAGCACCCGCGGAGGCGACUCCUUCCGCCACCCAGCCACCACCGGCGGCAUCGCGCACAUGCCCUCCGGACGCGGCAGCAUCUCAGCCCAGAACUCCCCCCUGCCGCGCGGCGUGGGCGGCAGCAGCGGCAACAUGCCUUCCGCCCUUGCUUUGACCGCAGCCGGCGGCAGCAGCAGCGGCACCCUGAGCGCCAGCAACCACGGCGGCACCAGUGUUGGGGUUGGCAGCAACCCCGUGAGCCGCACUGUGACGGGGCUGCAGGCCUCCUCCGGGCCCCGGCGGCCCUCCGGCUCGGGCUACCAGACCAACCGCGUGUUCCCGCUCAGCCCGCACGUGUCGCAGCACCACACCGACUCGCCGCACGGCGUGACGACGCGCAUGUCGCUGCACACCGCCGCCUGCCCGGACGUGACGCAGUGGAGCACGCCGGCGCAGCAGGCCAUGAAGGCGCUGGAGCUGUCAGAGGAACGCAACGCCGCAGCCGCAGCCGCAGCCGGCCCCUCCAGCCGCCGCCACGCCAACACGCACGGCGGCUACCAGCAGCAGCCCCGCGUCCUGGCCGCCAGCAGCUCACACGGCGCGACGGCAUCCGGGGGCGCAGGCGGGACGGGGGUGCGCGCCAGCCGCACCGCCACUCGGGGCCCGAGCCGCCUGAGCGCUGCUGCCUGCGCCGCCGCCACCGCUGAGGGCACGGAGGAGGAGGACGACACGGAUCGGCUGCUGCGGGGCAUGACGCCGCCGUCGCUUCCGCAGCUGCAGCAGGAGGGAUCGCUGAGUCAGCAGCCGUCCCCAGUGAAGUCGUCGGAGGCGACGCGCGCAGUCACCGCUGGCGCCGCCUCCUCCCCUUCCGCUGCUGCAGGUGGUGGUAGUGGUGGCGGCUCCGCGGGUUCCCCGGCGGUGGCGGCGGCGCUGGAGUCCACUGGGAGCUUCACGGAGUUCACCAGGAGGAGCGCACCAGCAGCCGCCGGGGGAGGCGGGCGCGAGGGAAGCGGGGGCGGAGGAGGGGUGGAGCGACCGCGGGACGGCAUGGAAGCUGCUGCUGCUGCAGCGGCGGCGGCGGCAGCGACCGCCUCGGAUUCCGAGGGCGACGGAGGCACCGAGCAGCUGGACCUGCUGGCGACCGACGGUCGGCGCCACAUUGCUCGCCGCGGCACCCGCGCGCUGGCUCCUCCCGCCCGCGCCCCCGCCGCCCCGGCCGCCCUGUCGGGCUCCGCUGCCGCCGCCGCGCAGUGCCUGGUGCAGCUGUCGGAGCUGCUGGGGGGGCUGGCGCGGUCGGACACGGAUGCGGCGAGGGCCAUGGCCACGCUGCCCUCCGUGGAGCUGUUCGUGGACCUGCUGGCCGCCUCGCACCCGCCCCUGGUGGCGGCGGUGCUGGAGCUGCUGGCGGCGCUGGCGGCGCGGCAGGACGCGCACGAGACGUUCUGGGACUGCGACGUGGUGGGGCAGCUCGUGGCGCACCUGCAGCUCAGGUCGGCAGCGGCGGCGGCGGCAGCAGCGGCGGCAACACCGCCGGCGGCUGGCGCCUCCAGAGCCAGCGGAAGUGUUGGUGCAGCGGCCGCUGCCGCAACAGCAGCGGCCGGCGGCGGCUCCUCCUCCUCCGGGGUGGUGCAGCAGCUGCAGUUGCGCGCGGCGCAGGUUCUGGAGCGGCUGUGCUGCGACCCCGACCUGCACGGGCGGCUGGCGGCUACGGAGCUGCCGGCGGCGCUGAUGGCGGUGGUGCGGCGCGCGGCGAUGCCGGAGGCGCAGCACUCGGAUUACUCGCAAACGGCGGGCGGUUUCGGCGGCUGGGGCGCGGUGCCGUCGCUGUCCUUCAGCAUCUACGCUGGCCCCGCUGCCGCCGCCGCCUCCCCCGGUCCGCAGUCCUCGCUGCUGGUGUGCGUGCUAUCGGCGCUGGUGGCGCUGCUGGACUGCGAGGACGUGCGGCGCCAGGCUCGCGAGCGCCGCUUCCCGCUCUACCUGGGCAUGCUGGCCAGCAGCGCCGGGACGGCUGGAGGCAGCUCCGGAGGCGCGGGCGGCGGGCCAGGCGGAUGGGAACCGCUGGUUUCGGAUCUGGCUGCUCAGUGCGGCGAGAAGCUGCGGGACAGCGUGAUGCCGGGUCCGGCGGGCGGCGUGCGCUUCCGCUCGGGCAGCAACAGCAGCACCAGCGCCGCGAGGGCGCUGUAGCGCUGGCUGCGGGCAGGUGGUGGGUGCAUGCUUGAGGAGGCGGACGAGGAUGCGGAUGGGGAGGGGAUGAAGAAGCAGGAUGCAGUGAGGGCCAGGGCAGCGGGCUGUGUGGAGGGACAUACGGGCUGCAGGCUGGUGGGUGGUAUAGGUGGUACAGGAUUAGGGAAACAUUCGUGCAGGGCUGCCUCUGCGGACUGGUGCAGGCAGGGAGGUGUAGGGAUUACACCGAGCGUAGGGAUCCGGAACUCAAUGGAAAUGUACCAAUUACUACCAAAGUGUAUGCUGCGAGGAGCCGUCAAGCCGUUGGUGGAAUAACUGAUGUGACGUCAGCGGACGAUCACGGGGAGGCUGCUGGCGGCUGUAGAACUCAACGAGAUGCAUGGCUUAGGGGUUUGGAGGCUUGCAAGGCUGUGGAAGGUUAAGAGGGUUUGCUGUACAGCACACACGCGUGGCGAUAAAGAACACGAGGUCGUUUACACCAACAGCUGGGGAAUGGGAGUAUAGGCGUGGCAACGACCUGCAUGCGCACGGACCCGACGCUCGGGUGUUGGUGUGUCCUCACUUGCUCGGAUGGCGCACGGAGGGUUGAUGAGAAGCAUCAUGGUUGGGACCGGUUGUCAAAUUGGCAAUUGUGGUGGCUGUGGUGCCGGCGGUGGCUGGGGACCAUCGGUGGCCCCCAGCACCAGCACCCCCCCCCCCCUGCCCCCAGCAGCCAGCCA